CCGAACCAAAUAUAAUUUUUUUUCUCUUUUUUUUUUUAUAAUAAAUCAUUGUUAUUGUUAAAAGUUUAAACAAAAUUUAGAAAUUACAAUUUUGAAAAAUGCCAAAAAAGAAGAAAAAAGGAUUGGAAAAGGAGAAGAAGACAAAGAAAAAAGCUUUUGUCAAUGAAAGAGAAACAUUAUCGUUUGAACAACAAAUUUUAGAUAACAAUAGACAAUUAGCCAGACUACGAACUCGAAAUGCGGAACUUGAAAGUGAAAUGGAAAAAAUGAAAGAUAAAUAUGAUCAAUUGGAAGAAGAUAGAGCGGAUGUUGUCGCACAUUUGAGAAGAGUUUUAAAUCAAAGAACAUUAGAGGCUCAAGAAUUACAUGAACAAUUAUUGGCUUCAGAUCAAGUUCGUAAAGAUGAACAAGAAACAUUUAAAAAACGUGAAGAUUCUUUAGAACAAUCUUUUCGUAUAAUGGAAAGUAAUUUGAGUGCCGAAGUGAAAUUAGCAGAGGGUAAACUCAAUUCAUUGGAGGAAUGGAGAAUUGCAAGAUUGGAUUUAAUGAAAAAAUUUGAAGAACAAGAGAAACAAAUGUCAGAACAAGAGAAAAAUCACAAAGAAACUUUAUAUGAAGCUGAAAAAGAAUUAAUUUUAGGAAAAGCCAAAAUGCAAAUUGAAAUGGAAGAACGUUUAAUUGAAUUAGCGCAAAAUUUUCAAAAUGCCACAACAAUAAGAAUAGCAAAUGAAACGCAUAAAGCAAUAAAAGAAAAUAUUUCACUAAAUCGUGAAUUGGAUUUAAUUUUUCGUACAUGUAGAGAAUUAGAUUUUCAAAAUAAAGAAUAUAAAGAUCGUGAUCGUUUAUUGAGAUUUCAAAUUUCACUUUCAAAUUCAGAAGCAAAAAUGGCAUUGAAAAAAGUAUUGAAACAAAAUCAAAUAAUAAAUAAACUUUCCGAUGAUUAUUUAACAAUGAAUAUUAUUUAUGGACGUGUACAAAGAGCUGAAUCAUUAGUUCAACGAAAUGAAUUAUUAAUGGAUAAUUGUAAAAGAAAUUCAAAUGAAAUGAUGAAAAAAAUUUUCAUUUUAGAAAAACAUAUUGAAAAAUCAAGUGAAAAUGAAAAAGAAAUAAUUGAUGAAGUUAUUAAAAAUCAUAAGGAAAUUGAAAAACUUGAAAAAAUUUUAAGAAGAGCUAAAAAUUGUAUUAAAAACGCUUUGGAAGUACAAGAAAUUUCCGAUGAAAAUGUUUGUGAUUCGUGUAAUUCGGAAGUUAAAGAAAAACUUCUUCACUCUCUUUUAGAUAUUUUAACGAGUUAUCAAUCAUCUAAAAUAUCAAUCAAUUCUCUUCAGUACAAUUCAGAAUUUGUGUCAGAUGAUUAUAAACCAGGAAAUUUGGGAUUAAUUUCAAAUAAUGAAAUUUAACAAAACUUUAAUAAAUGAUUAAAGUAAAUAAUAAUGAAUUAGCAAAAAAUUUGGAUUAUUUUAUUUUUUAGCUUUUAUAACAGUUUUACAAUUUGUUUAAAUUUAAGUACAUAUAUAAAAAGAAAAACAUUUGAAAAUCUUAAUAUUUGUGAACAAAAAAUAACCAAUAUAAAAUUAA